ACGUCAUCUAAAGCUACCGGAAGAGAGAGUUAUCUGGCCCCGCCCCGCCAGCGCAGUCCAUCCAACCUGAAGAGAAGGCGAGUCUACGGCUAAAAAUAUAAUAGCUAACACAAGAUGAGCGGUUUGCCUCGUAGGAUUAUAAAGGAGACGCAGCGGUUGAUGGCAGAGCCUGUUCCAGGGAUCACGGCAAUGCCAGAUGAAGGGAAUGCACGCUACUUCCAUGUGAUCAUUGCAGGGCCUCAAGACUCUCCUUUUGAAGGAGGCACAUUUAAACUUGAACUAUUUCUUCCAGAAGAGUAUCCCAUGGCAGCUCCCAAAGUGCGAUUCAUGACCAAAAUCUACCACCCCAAUGUUGACAAACUGGGAAGAAUAUGUUUAGACAUUUUGAAAGAUAAGUGGUCUCCAGCUCUGCAGAUCCGCACAGUGUUGCUAUCUAUCCAGGCGUUAUUAAGUGCUCCCAAUCCAGAUGAUCCCCUCGCAAACGAUGUUGCAGAGCAGUGGAAGAGAAAUGAAAGCAACGCCAUUGAGACAGCCCGAUCAUGGACCAGGCUCUACGCGGGCAACACUGAAGUAUAGAAGAACCGAGACGAGGCUUCUGAAUGUGAUCCACAAAAUGUACUCCUAUUCUGUCAACAUUCAAAUUUAACAGGCACAAAAAAAAGAAAAGAAAAAAAAAGAUGAGUUCAAAUCAAUUUGAAAGAAAUGACAAGAUUUACUGCUGCAGACCUCUGGGUGACUUAUUUUCCUCUCUGAGGCGCGUUAAGUGUGUGUUAGCCUUUUUUUUUUUCUGUGUUGCUAUUUAAAUGCAUGGACGGAGAACGACACCCUCCCAAACUACAGUCUUAAAAAUAACAUGCAAUAUGUUGUCCUGAACAAGGCGCAUACUGGUACGUUUGCAGAAUAUACAUGCAUUAAAGCUGUUCUUCUUUUAACACAUGCAUUAUUUGUCAACACAUCUGUACGUCUUUUGUGAGAGAUGACAUGCUCUGUUCUUUCAACACUUGGUGUACAGCUGUCUCCCACUCGUAUGCAGAUGGAAAAUAUGAGUGAAGUUUGCCUUUACUCUUUUUAGGGAAUGCGAAGAGUUUUUUGGGAAAUAGCCCUUACAUUCAAACAAGAAGGUUAGUUGGAUUUCCACUCCCGUGUCUGUGCAUACCAACACGUCACAACACUGAAUAUUUAGCUGUAGUUCAGCAUCAUCUCAAGAGCACACGGGGCACUUAUAACUGAGCACAGAGGGGAAACUCUUUACAAAAUGUUCAUCGCACAGCAGAGACUAUCUUGUUUAUUUAAUUGGACCAGGGCUCCACACGGGAAGUACUGACUCGUAAACCUUCAAAGACACUUUCUGUAACGGCAGGGCCAAUCGAGUUUUAUUUUAAAGAAAGCGUCUAUUGGACACUGAACAAAAAAAACGAAGGACUCUGAGAGGGCUGAGUUGAAACGUUUUCAUCCACAGACAACAGAGAGGUUGAUUCCAACAUUUUUUUUUUUUUUUAUAUAUAUAUAUGUAAAGACGCCCUGGCAAUUGCUGUUUACCUGCUAAAUUUGCCGGUAGAGAAUACACAGUACUGAACACAGCCACAGUUAACAUUUAAAAGCAUUUGUUUGGUUCAUGGCUAGUUUGAAUCUGUGGCCCCAGUGGAUGUAAUUUUAUCUCUUUUCAUCUCAGUCUUAGGUUCAUAGAAAAGACAGAUUAGCGUGUGAUUAGCUGCUUGAGCCCCAUUAGAUGAGGAUUGUGUAAUUAUUAAUUCAAGAUCUCAUGAUUUAAUGUCAUGUAAUGUUACGUCAAGCGGUCUGUGGUUUCAGUGAAAGUCGGACACAUUGGGGAGGGUGAGCAGAUUACUUCCACAUGCUUAAAAAAGCCAUUCCCAACACAUUCAGAAAGGUAGAAAGACACAAGCUGUUUGUGGUGAACAUGAUCGGUAUGCAUGUUGUAACGGACUACUAAAAUGUGUUGAAAAUGCCCCUUUUUUUUAAAGGAUGUAGGCUGUUGAGCUGUUUUUGUUUUUUAUUAUUUUAACUGUCUGUCCAUGCUAUCUAUGUUGCUUUUUCUCUAUUUUAUUUUCCGUGUUACUUUAUUAAAAAGGCAUGUACCAUAACCAAACUUAUAUCAUGACGAUUCAAACUAGUUUUCUUUCGGGUGUUUUUGAGAGAUGAGGCGUCCAGUUGUCUUUAAAGGGAAAGUUCAGGCUUUUUUUUUUUUUUACGGUGUCGUCGUUGGUAUCAAAGUUGUCUUUCAACCAUGAUUUUCCGGACUUGGCCUCCCCUGCUUUUGCUCUUUCUAUGAUACUGAUCUGUGAUGAUUAUGCAAGUGCAUUGAAUUGAUUGGGUCAUUGUGGUGGCAAAAAAAAUGAUAUUACAAAUAAAAAAGUAUUAAAGAUUAAA